UUCUCAGAACUGAUGUAACACUUCACUGGCUUUGUAGCAUCUGUCUGAGUGUUCUUGUCUUGAAGAACACAUUUUGGUUACAAGACCGCUCAUUUGGAUGUAGUGUUGUUGUUUUUUUCACCUGCAUCUCCCUAGGAAGGUUUCAUAUUCCAUUCCCAUCUCCCCCACCCUUGCUCCCGCCACAACUUUUAGAGAGGAGGAGAAACGAGAGGAAGAGGAGGAGGAGAAGAAAAAGAAGAAGAAGAGAGAGUUUGGAUCAACUUCUGUUAAAACUUUUCUGGCGUUCAACUCAACAUCGAGCCGCGCGAGAGGACGCCGCGGACCCCACAUCGCGCGCGCGGCAGGCUACACCAUUGCAACUCAGACAGGACAAAAUGAAGUUGCUUCUGCUCGUACUUACGACCGCGUUGCUAUGGCAACACUGCCAAGCCCAGCAGAGGGGUCUGUUUCCAGCUGUGUUGAAUCUAGCGACUAUGGCUAAUAUAACAACCAAUGCUACCUGUGGUUCAACUGGUCCAGAAAUGUUCUGCAAGCUUGUGGAGCACGUUCCAGGACAGCCUGUUAGAAAUGCACAGUGUCGAAUCUGCAACCAAAGGAGUGCAAAUCCCAUGGAACAUCAUCCCGUAGAGUAUGCCAUAGAUGGAACCAAUCGUUGGUGGCAGAGUCCGUCGAUAAAGAAUGGAAUGGAGUACCACUAUGUGACAAUCACACUGGACUUGAAACAGGUUUUUCAGAUCGCCUAUGUGAUAAUAAAGGCAGCCAACUCACCUCGCCCAGGCAAUUGGAUCUUAGAGCGUUCAAUAGAUGGCAUGACCUUUGAACCCUGGCAGUACUAUGCUAUCACAGACACAGAGUGCCUGACAAGGUUCAACAUAAAUCCUCGGACAGGACCUCCAUCCUACACCAGAGAUGAUGAAGUCAUCUGCACAUCCUUUUACUCAAAGAUUCACCCACUGGAGAAUGGAGAGAUACACACUUCUCUGAUCAAUGGUAGACCCAGUGCAGAUGACCCCUCGCCAACUCUCCUGAACUUCACGUCCGCCCGCUACAUCAGGUUGGUGUUUCAGAGAAUCAGAACGCUGAACGCCGACCUCAUGACUCUGACACUCCAUGACCCCAAAGAUAUGGAUCCUAUUGUGACGAGACGGUACUACUAUACCAUUAAGGACAUCUCAGUUGGAGGGAUGUGCAUCUGUUUUGGCCAUGCGAAAGCUUGUCCACUCAACAGUGUUACAAAGAAGUUUAGCUGUGAAUGUGAACACAACACUUGUGGGGAGAGCUGUGAUCGCUGUUGCCCAGGUUACCACCAGCAGCCUUGGAUGGCAGGAACCUUCCUCACUCGACAUGUCUGCGAGAAGUGUAACUGCCACGGUAAGGCAGAAGAAUGCUACUUUAAUCAAACAGUGGCAGAUCUGUCGCUCAGCCUGGACAUUCACGGUCAGUACAAAGGGGGCGGAGUCUGCAUAGGCUGCCGUGACGACACAGCUGGCAUUAACUGUCAGAGCUGCGUUCCUGGAUUCUACAGACCUGCUGACGUGAGCGCUGAGGAGGAGAACCCCUGCAUCCCCUGCUCCUGCGACCCAUACGGUUCCAUCAGCCAAACGUGUGUCGCAGAAUUGAGACAAGCUAAGCCCCGCCAGCCAGCAGGGUCAUGCUGGUGUAAGGAGGGUUUUGGGGGUCUGAGAUGUGACAGGUGUGCUAUUGGUUAUAUGGGCUACCCAUACUGUGAGCGCUGUAACUGCAGCGUUGAAGGAAGCGUCAACACUGACCCAUGUAUAACACCCUGCAUAUGCAAGGAAAAUGUGGAGGGGGAAAAUUGUGACCGCUGUAAGCUCGGUUUCUACAAUCUUCAAGAGUCCAACAGACGCGGCUGCGAAAAAUGCUCCUGCAUGGGCGUUUCCAGUCAGUGCGCUGCCUCCACGUGGACCUAUCAGAAUGAGACCACUCUGACAGGCUGGCACCUGGUUGGCAACACGGGAGGGAGGGUGUGGUCCGUUCACAGAGAGACCCCUCCAUAUCUCAGCGUGCGACACUUAGAUGUUGUGGACGAUCUUGGCACCGCCUACUAUUGGAAUGCACCUGGACUAUACUUAGGAAACAAGCUUUCAGCCUACGGUGGGAAUGUCAUUUUCACCGUGUCUUAUACUGUAGAGCAGCAAGAACAAGUGAGCAUCAGAGUCACAUCAGAGCCUGACUUAAUCAUAGAGGGAGGAGGGAUGAAGAUUAAUUACAAAAGGUUUGGCGAGCCUGUCUACCCAUCCUCAUCCAGCACCAGUCACAUAGUUCUCCUGCCAGAGAACUUCCGGGUUUCAGAGACGGCACAGCCAGUUAGUCGGAGAGAUUUCUUGUCUGUGCUGGCAAAAGUGACGAGUGUGAUGGUGCGGGCCUCUUACAGCACAGAACGCAGCGCUGUUUACAGACUCCACUCAUUUUCUAUGGAGGUAGCAAAUCCCGCUGCUAUAGGAGAGAGGAGAGCAUCAGCUGUAGAAGUGUGUUCUUGCCCUUAUGGAUAUGGUGGAACUUCUUGUGAGGCGUGUGCGCUUGGUUUUCGGAGGGUAAACGGGAAUCUGUAUAACGGGGUGUGUGAACCUUGUCACUGCCAUGGACACACAACACAAUGCCAUGAAGUCACGGGGCAUUGCUUGGACUGCUCCCACAACACCGCUGGCCCCUACUGUGACACCUGCCUGCCAGGUUACUAUGGCAACGCCACCCGUGGGUCACCUGCGGACUGUCAACCCUGUGCCUGCCCGCUCAAUAUUCCCAGCAACAACUUCAGUCCAACCUGCCACUUGAGUCAAGACGGAGAGCUGCUGUGUGAUCAGUGUCGGCCUGGCUACACAGGACCACGAUGCGACAGAUGUUCCAAUGGAUACUAUGGUCAGCCCACUGUACCAGGGGGAUCCUGCAGACUUUGUGAUUGCAAUGGCAACCUGGACCUUUCCAUACCUGGGAGCUGCGAUCCAAAUACAGGCCGGUGUCUGCGGUGUCGCCAGGGUUAUGGUGACGAAGCUUGUGACAGCUGCGCUGCAGGUUAUUAUGGAGACGCCAUCAUAGCAAAAGAUUGCCAACCGUGUCAGUGCCAUACUAAUGGUUCUGUUUCUGAGGUCUGCAACCAGGAGACUGGAGAGUGCCACUGUAAGGAAAAUGUGCUUGGACAGAAGUGCGACAAGUGCAGGUAUUAUACCGACAGACCAGCAUGUCAGUGCAGUCAUGUGGGGAACAACUGUGAUGCUAACACUGGGCAGUGCAUCUGUCCUCCGAACACAAUCGGUGAGAGGUGCGAUCGCUGUGCUCCCAACCACUGGGGGCAUGACAUCGUAACUGGAUGCAAGGAGUGUGGCUGCAAUGUGAUCGGUUCAGUGACCCAGCAGUGCAACGUAAACACAGGCUGCUGCAUCUGUCACGACUCCUUCAGAGGAGAUAAAUGCAAUGAAUGCCAGAUUGGAUACAGAGACUUUCCUCAGUGCGUCCAGUGCAAGUGCAACAUCGCAGGAUCGGACAGCCAGACUUGCGACCAGGAGAGAGGAGCCUGUGGCUGUGCAGAUCGAACAGGAAAAUGUAGCUGCAAGGAAAAUGUGGAGGGAGACUACUGCGAUCACUGUAAGCCCGACACGUUUGGGUUAUCCCUACGAAACCCGCUGGGCUGCAGCAGGUGUUACUGUUACGGAUUGACCCACUUCUGCACAGAGGCGCAAGGACUUAUCAGGAUGUGGUUAACACUGAAGCCGGAGCAGACGGUGCUCCCCUUGGUGGAUAAAUCCAACGCCGUGGAGACGAGAACAGGAGUUAGCUUCCAACAUCCUGAGAUCAUCGUUCAUGCAGAACUUAUCACCUCAACUCUGUCUGAACCAUACUACUGGAAACUGCCUGAGCAGUUCAAAGGCUCUAUGAUCACAGCAUAUGGGGGGCAGCUGAAAUAUGCUGUGUACUAUGAGGCCAGAGAAGAAACCGGUCCUUCCUCCUAUGAGCCUCAGGUCAUUAUUAAAGGUGGUCCUAACCACAACAUGGUGAUGACACGCCACAUAACAGGACUCCAGAUUGGUCAGCUCACCCGCCAUGAGAUUGACAUGACAGAGCAUGACUGGAAAUUUGCAGAUGGUCGGACUAUGACUCGACAGGACUUUAUGGACAUUUUGUUCUACGUGGACUACAUCCUAAUUAAGGCAUCACACGGCAACUUGAUGAGACAAAGCCGUAUUUCAGAGGUCAGUCUGACAGUGGCCGAGGAGGGCAUACCAACCAAAGAAAGCGAGAAUGCCCACCAGAUAGAGAAGUGCGAUUGUCCAAUUGGAUACUCUGGACUUUCCUGUGAGGAGUGUGCUGCAGGAUUCUACCGUCUUCGCAGUGGUUUCCUGGCAUCUGCUCCAGCGUCCAGCGUGCCCACGGCUACAGGCAUGGGCAGCUGUGUUCAGUGUCAGUGCAGUGGGCACUCCUCCUCUUGUGACCCUGAGACAUCCAUAUGCCAGAACUGUCAAGACAACACAGAGGGUGAUCGGUGCGAACGCUGUGCACCGGGAUUCUACGGCGUGGUCCGAGGUUCUCCUGAUGACUGCAAACCCUGCGCCUGCCCCCUUACCAACCCACAGAAUAAUUUCAGUCCCACCUGUGUAGCAGAGGGGUUUGAUGACUACCGCUGCACCGCCUGUCCUGAAGGAUAUGAGGGCAAACACUGUGAGAGGUGUGCCACUGGUUACCAUGGUAAUCCAAGGAUACCAGGUGGCCACUGUGAGGAGUGUAAGUGUUCCUUGUGGGGUGCGUUGCCCGGACCAUGUGACCCUGUCACGGGCCAAUGCCGUUGCAGGGUUGGGGCAUCUGGGAUGACGUGUGACCAGUGCAUGGAUAGGCAUGUGUGUGGACCAUCUGGGAUCAUCUCCUGCGAUGAUGAGUGCUCUGGUUUGUUGAUCAGCGAUAUGGACCGCCUGUUACGCAUCAUCAAUGAGGUCACUUUGACGACACCCCUUCCACCACCUUAUAAGGUGUUGUACCGAUUUGAGAACAUGACAGAGGAGCUCAAGCACAUGUUGUCGCCUCAGAAAGCUCCAGAGAGAUUACUGCAACUGGCUGACUCCAACCUGGGAUCGCUGGUUACAGAGAUGGACCAGCUACACAGCAGGGCCACUAAGGUGUCUGCUGAUGGAGAGCAGGUUGAGGAUGAUGCUGACAGGAUUCAUAAACGAGCCGAGGACCUGGAGCAGUUCAUCAGGGACACACUGCUCGGAGCUAAAGACCUCGAAUCAAAGGCUGCUGAGUUGAAUCAGUCUCUUUCACGGAGAGGUGGAACUCCAGAAAAAAGCCUGAGCGAGAUGAAGGAGGAGAUCCAGGCUAUGCUGCAUGAGAUGAGGCAACGACAGCUGGGAAGGAAGAAAGUUAUUGCAGAGGAGGAAAACAAUUUAGCAGAAGAGUUGUAUCAGAAAGUCCAAAGACUCUUUGGUAAACCGCAUCAGGCCACUGAAGACCUCAAGGCAGAGAUAAAAGAGAAGCUUUCGGACCAUGAGGAGAAGCUCAGGGAUGCCCAUGGUCUGCUCAUCUUUGCCCAGGGACAGACAAGUCUGGCUGGCUCACUGGCUUACCAAAACCAAGCUAACCUCACAGCCCUGGAGAGGAAGCGAUCUGCAGUCAGCGGAGUGAAACAGGAAGCACAGAAGGUUCUUAGAGAAGGAGAACGUCUACUGGGUGAAGCGAACCAGCUUUCUGACAACGUCAACAAAGAGAUCGAGGACUUGGAGGAAAUGGCGAGUGAGCUCAGGGCUCUUCAUGGCCGGCUGGAUGACAGAGUCAGUCACCUCACUUAUGGUUUGAGCGAUGGUCGCCUGGCUUAUCGCGUGCAGGAUGCAGAGGAACAUGCCAAGCAACUUAACAACUCUGCAGCCAUUUUAGAUGGUAUUUUGGCUGAAGCUAAAAACCUUUCCUUCAAUGCGACAGCCGCCUUCAAUGCCUACAGUAACAUUAAAGCGAAUGUUGAUGCAGCAGAGAAGGAAGCAAAGGCAGCCAAACAGAGGGCGAGCGAGGCGCUGGCACUGGCUUUAGGUCCAGAGAUCCCAGUAAAGGAAGCAGCUCGAGAUGCCCUGCAGAAGAGUCAUGUACUGUUGGAUCAAGCUAAACAACUUCAAAAUGAGGUCCAAGAGAAUGCAGCUGGUGUGGCCGGGCUGAAGGGCAGAGUUAAAGCAGCGAAAGACAAAACCAAAGACCUGCUGAAAGCUGUCAAUGGAACCAUGGCAACGCUCAACGCCAUCCCCAACGACACAGCAGCUAGGCUAGCAGCCACAAAGGCUGUAGCAGCGGAUGCUAACGCCACAGCCAUCGACGUCCUGGAGCGUCUUGGAGAUUUGAACCUGCGACUUGGUGGACUAGAGCGCAACUACACUGAUCUGAAGGAGACUGUCAGCGAAGCCAAUCAGAUGAUCCAGGACCCUGAGAAAAACACAAUCAUUCAUGCUGCAGGAGCAAAAGUGAAGGAUUUGGAGGACGAAGCUGACAGGCUGUUGGAGAAGCUGCAGCCAAUCAAAAAGCUACAGGACAAUUUGAGGCGCAACAUCUCCCAAAUAAAGGAACUGAUUAACCAGGCCAGGAAACAAGCUAAUUCAAUCAAAGUAUCAGUGUCUUCAGGAGGUGACUGCCUCCGUAGUUACCGCCCUGACAUCCGAAAGGGGAGGUAUAAUACCAUCAUUCUUCAUGUCAAAACCACCACACCUGACAACCUGCUACUCUACCUGGGAUCAGCCAAAUAUGUUGAUUUCUUGGCAUUGGAGAUGCGCAAGGGGAAGGUGAAUUUCCUUUGGGAUGUGGGUUCAGGUGUGGGGAGGGUCGAAUAUCCCCAUCACACCAUCCAUGAUGGAAACUGGCACAGGAUCGAGGCGUCUCGCAAUGGGUUGAAUGGUACCAUAUCAGUAUAUCCUCUGGAAGGCUCUAUGGCUGGUAUGAUGCCGACCCCGGCCAGUGCCAACUCGCCCACGGCCUUCACCAUCUUGGAUGUAGACCAGAACGCCUACCUGUUUGUGGGAGGGAUAUUCGGCUCUGUCAAGAAAGCAGAGACAGUAAGAACAAAUACUUUCACAGGCUGCAUGGGGGAAACCUACCUGGAUGGUAAACCUAUUGGACUGUGGAACUACAGAGAGAGAGAGGGAGACUGUAAGGGAUGUGUCGUCAGCCCCCAGCGCUCCCACGGUGAAGGGACCGUUCAACUGGAUGGAGAAGGCUACGCUGCAGUGGGACGACCCACCAGGUGGAACCCAAAUGUCUCCACCAUCACUUUCAAGUUCCGCACGUUCUCCUCUGAUGCUCUGCUCAUGUAUAUGGCAGCUGAAGACAUGAAGGACUUCAUGUCUCUGGAGCUGUCAGAGGGUAAAGUGAAGGUUAACUUUGACCUUGGAUCUGGAGUUGGAAGUGCCAACUCAUCUAAGCGCCAUAAUGAUGGCCACUGGAAAUCCCUCACCAUGUCGAGGAACAAGAAACUAUCCACGGUGUCCAUAGUAGACGUCGACAGCAGUGACGAGGAAAAGAUUGUGGCCACAUCUCUGGGGUCAGCUACUGGUCUGAACCUUAAGGAGCACCAGAAAAUCUAUUUUGGGGGUCUGCCAACGAUUGGAAAUUACAGCAUCGCAGCCAGGUCAGAGGUCAUUCUGAAGAGGUAUGCGGGCUGUCUUCGGGACAUUGAAAUCUCCAGAACGCCAUAUAACCUUCUGAGCAGCUCAGAUUAUACUGGUGUGACUAAAGGAUGUAAUGUAGAGAACCUGCACACAGUCAGUUUCUCUAAGCCAGGAUACAUGGAGCUGAGUGGUCUGUCGCUGGCCGUUGACACAGAGAUCAGCCUGUCAUUCAGCACUCAAGAAGACACUGGGACCAUACUGCUGGCAGUAGGCGGAGGGUCACCAAACAAACAGAAGGCCCGCUCCACAAGCCUUUCAAAGUCCAAGAGGAAGAGAAGACAGUCAGGAGAGCCCUACCUCUCAGUCAUGCUGACCAGAGGUUCGCUGGAAGUCGUAGUGUCUACCGGCAGCCACAAUCGGCGACAAGCCACCAGACGACCUGAACAAGGCACGCUGAAUGAUGGCAGAGAGCACACACUCCGCAUAGAGAGGCUAGCUGGCAGAUCUUUUGCAGUCCACGUGGACGAUGAAGCCAGGAUGCAGGGUAUGCUUCCCAAUGACCAGCCAUUGAACUUGCAGCGUAUCUUCCUUGGUGGUAUUCCCGCAGAAGUAGAGCAGACCUCCAACAGAGCCAACAUCCCCUUCAAAGGAUGCAUAUGGAACCUCAUGAUCAAUGCUGUUUUGUCAGAUUUCGCUCAGCCUGUUUCCUUUGAGAAUGCUGAAAUUGGUCAGUGCCCGAACCUCACCCCACCGCCACCUCCACCUCCUCUACCAGCAGAGAAGGAGCUCGAGAAAGAAAAAGAGGAUUCAGAGCCCUCAACCCCCAUCUCACCACGUCCAAGUCCUCCUGCUGAGGCUACAUCCCCUUCCCUACCUGCUGCUGCAACCCGUGCACCUGCUACUGUAGCACCGUCCAGUGAUAAACAGAAACCCAGCUCAGAUGUGGAAUCAUGUGCAUCAGCUGUGGCCCCAGCAGCACUUGAGAAGGCCUAUCAGUUUGGAUUGACCAGAAACAGCCACAUGAGCUUCGCCUUUGAUGACAACAAUGUCAGAGACAAACUGAAAAUUGAGUUUGAGCUGAGGACAAAGGAGUCAUCCGGUCUUAUUUUCUACAUGGCAAGAAUCAACCAUGCUGACUUUGUUUCCAUACAGAUCAAGAAUGGUCAGGUUUGUCUGGGUUAUGAUCUUGGCCAUGGAAACAUAUCUGACUGUGUCCCAUACUCCAUCAAUGAUGGAAGCUGGCAUAAGAUCAGCGUAACGCGUGACAGGCAGAGAGCCACGCUUAUUGUGAAUAGGCGGUUCCAAAAAAUGAUGUCAAGUCCAAAGAAGGCUGACCUGUUAGAUGUGGUGGGGAUUCUGUACGUUGGCGGAUUACCACAAAACUAUACCACAAAACGAAUAGGACCGAUUCUCUAUAGUAUCAAUGGAUGUAUUCGUGACCUUAGGGUGGCUGGAAGCCCUGUAGGAGCUGUUUCAGGUUCUUCUGAGUCCAUGAUUGACUUUAAACUAGACAUGGCCACACCCACAUCCAGUCAUAUGGUUGGAAGGUGCUUCGUUGCUACUGAGACAGGCACUUAUUUUGAGGGCACUGGCUUUCUAAAAGCAGUCUCAUCCUAUAGAGUGGGUCUGGAUGUGUCCAUAGCAUUAGAGUUCCGGACCAGCAGAACCAGUGGAGUGCUUUUGGCAGUCAGUAAUCAAGGCAAUGAUGGACUGGGGCUAGAAAUUGUCGAUAGCAAGCUGCUCUUCCAUGUUGACAAUGGAGCUGGGCGCUUUACGGCAGUGCACGUUCCUCAGGGAGAAGGCUUCUGUGAUGGACAGUGGCACUCCGUCACCGCCACCAAGAAACGGAACAAGCUGGAGCUGGUGGUUGAUGGGAAGCAGAGCGAUGCAGCCAGUCCGUAUGCACACUCUGUCACCUGUGACACCAGCGACCCCAUAUAUGUUGGAGGAUAUCCUGCUGGAGUUCACCAGGCAGCUCUUUCUACCAGCACCUCUUUUCAUGGUUGUAUAAGAAACCUGAAGAUCACCAAGUCUUCUAAGACCAUGGAGGUGCACUUCAACAAGGCUCUGGAGAUUAGAGGAGUCCAGCCUCUUUCCUGUCCCGCUGUCGCUGCCUAAUUCUCCUUACUGCUUUUCAAUAAGGUCUCAGCUUUCCCAAGGGACCUAAUGCCAAUUUAUGUGUUGACCCAUUUCCUCAGAGUGAAUUUGUGUGUUAGCUGUGCAGUCAUUACUCUUAAGUCCUGCAACUCGUGACACGUUUCUCUAUUCCCAAAUUAGUGUACCUUUACAGCCAUUCAUUAAUUCUACUCACAAUUCAUUUGCUUGGUGUAAGUACCUAAAAAAUAAGUGUCUAGCUCAGCUACACUUUUUGCAUUGUAACAUCAAAAAUGUCUUUCUGAGCGUUUUUCUUCAGUCAAAUUGAAAUAUAAACAACAACAAGUCUAACCAAACAAUUUUUCUGAUGCUACCAACAUGCUAUUGCUCAGUGUGAUUUUUAAAGUACCAAAUUCGUCCAUCAAUCUAUCCAUCUUCUUCCGCUUAUCUGGGGCUGAGUCGUGGGGGCAACAGCCUAAGGAAUCCUCCCUCUCCCUAGCCAUCUCCUCCAGCUUGUCUAGAGGAACACCAAGGUGUUGCCAGACCAGCCGAGAGUUAUAAUCUCCCCAGCAUGUCCUGGGUCUGCCCUAGUGCCUCCUCCCGGUGGGACAUGCCCAAAACAUCCAGUAGGCAUCCUAGCCAGAUGCCCGAAUCGCCUCAACUGCCUCCUUUGGAGGAGCAGCGGUUCUAUUCUGAGCCCCUGCUGGAUGGCUGAACUUCUCACCCUAUCUAUAAGGGAGAGGCCACCCACCCUU